AUGGAUGAUAACUUAUUAGAAUGUAUUAUCAACAAAAAAAGAGAUAAAGUAAUAAAUAGACCUGAAGUUUUGAACUAUUUAGAAUAGAUCAAAUAUCUUUAAUGGUCCGGAUAAUAAAAUUAAAACUAAGCAAAGUUGCAAAAUGAAGUGCAAUUUGGAAUGGAGAUUAAAUAUUAGAUAUUGGUGGAUAUUAUAGUAAAAAUAAUAAAAAUUAUAAUGAAACAUUAUACUCUAAUUAUGGUUUCAAGCAAGGUUUUGGGAAUGAAUUAAGCAAAAAUUACUCAAAGAAUACAAUAAUAAUUAUAAUAAUAAAUAGUUAGUAUGAAUGCGGAGAAUAUGCAAAUGAUUAAUUAGUCGAACAUGGAAUUAUAUAUGAAAAUAAACUAAUGUAUUCAAUUCAAAGAUAUUGUUAGAGGUGGAGGAGUAUAAAAUGUGAAAGGUUUAAAAAUUGGCAAAUGGAUUGAACUUGGUGAUGAAUUUAGGAAGUAUUUUAGUGAAUUUAAUUUAUCAGCAAAAGUUAAGUAUUUCAUAGUGGUGAAUAUAUAAAUGGGUCAAAAGUUGGUUUAUGGGAUAUCAUUUAUAAAAGGAUGGAUAAAUUAGAUAUAAUGUAGAUUGAUAAAAAUUAAUAAAUAGAGGUGGAGGAUCAUAUAUUUAGAAAAAAGAGGGUUCUAAGAAGGUCGUAAUGGAGAUUGAAUUGGCACAUGAGCUUUAGGAGUAUUAUUUUUAAGUUAUUUUUAAAUUAUUAGAAAAAAAUAAGUGAUCGAAUAAGGUGAAUAUAAAAAUGGACGAAAAGUUGAUAAAUGAAUAAUUUUUUCGAGGAAAGAUUUAUAUCACUCAUUAUAAAAUAUGUAAGUAACAAAUCAAAUAAUAUAUUUUCAAAUUCAAAGACAGCAGUGAAGGAUUUUAUGAUUAAAAACUAGAAGAUAAAGAUUCAAUUAAAAUUGGAAAAUGGUCAAGAGUAUUUAGUUUUUAUUAUAUUAUUAGUGAUUCUUUAAUUAUUUAUAAUGGUUAAUAUAUAAAUGGCAAAAAAGUUGAUAAAAAUAGAGGUGGACUUAAAGAUUCAAUUAGGUUUGGGUAGUGGAAGGAUAUAAGAGAAAUAUUUUAGAUAUAUUUAUUAAAAUUUGAUUAUAUUACUAGAGAUAGUGAAGUCACUUAUAAUGGUGAAUAACAAAAGGAAAGAAAAGUUGGUAGAUAGUGGGGUGGAUCUUAUAAUUAGGAAUAAAGAGAAGAUAGAAUAAUAAGUUCAAUUAAAAUAGGGAAAUAGAUUGAUUUAAGCGAUAAUUUUUCUGGUAAUUUUAUUGAAAGAUCAAUAAAUAAUUAGAAGAGGAUAAUAAUAUAUGAUGGUGAAUAUUAGGAUGGACAAAAAUUUUGCAAAUAGAAUAUUUUAGAUAGUAGAUGGAGGAAGGAUCCAUUUGAAGAAAUGUAAUGUAGAUUAUUAUGAUUUUUACAAAAGCCCGAAAAGUGAAUUAGGUUCAAUUAAAACUGGAAAUGGAUUGAGUUAAGUCCUGACUUUUGUUAGUAAUUAUAUUAUAUGA